GAAGAGCGAGCAAGUCUGCCGCGAGUUCGCUUCGCCCGUAGCCCCAGUAUCGUAUGUUCUCUGGUGGGAGGAACUUGUAGUGCUUGUCGCUUUACGAUCUCGUCUUCAUUCUCAUUACUGGCCAAUAAGGAGUACUCAAGAAACCUCAUUCAUAUUUAUUUGAACGACCAACAACCUAUUCUUAUGUUUUCAUGUCACAGAUUUCCGAUCCGAGCCUACCGUUGUGAAUUUCCCCUGCCGAGAAAGAAUCGUGGCCGAAUGAUGGAUGUAAAGUGAGUGUUUCGGGGUCUCCAUUGUGGAAAAACAUCUUUGUCGAAUUAGUGUCGAGUUUUCUAUAGUAAUAUAAAGGAAAACCAGCCAGUCUUUGCAAGUUGUUUUGAGUGAGUGUUUUUGUGUGUUGAGCGGAGUGCGGUCCAGAAAAACUUGUGCCUCGACAUCUGAUAUUUGGGAGCGCUAUAACUCGUGUAUUUGUUUCAAUAAAGGAAGAUUUGAGGCAUUUGCAACACGCAUGUUGUUGAAAAAUAAAGGAAAGUGAUAAGUUUCAUUCCUGUACCAGGUCAUUUAAGGAUUACAGCUUCAUCAAUACCGCUGGAUUUAUUAGUUCGUUUAACAUGAAGAUGCUAGAAGAUUCUUGAUUAAGGAUAUAACAUAGCAUGAUAGUAAGGAGUGGCUAGAGAUGCUGUGGUGACUUGAGCGUAGAAUCCCAGCGAAUCCCUUAGUUUCUGCUCUUACAGGUCAGAAUUUUGAAUACUGAAGGUUCAGAAUUCACAAGAGCGGGAUGAUGAUUAGAAUAUGAGUGUAGGCGUAACGUUGGCGGGGGCGGCGCCCCCGGGUGGUGGAGACAGCGGAGGUGGGGGUGGCGGCCUUCUUCCGUGGGCGAAAUGGCGCUGUCUAUUGGCUGUGCUCAUGUUGCUGUUUGGAAACAGCCCGAGGGUUGUAGGGGGUGGAGAGCCCCAAGCCCGAGACUCUCUCUUCAUCGUCGAUAAGUUCGAAGACAGCGGCUUCCAGCAAUUCACUCAUCUGGCCGUGGACAAGAGCACGGGCACCGUGUACGCCGGGGGCGUCAACCGCCUCUACCAGAUGGACCCGAACUUGAACCUCCUGCAGUCGGUGGUCACGGGUCCAGUCAACGACUCCAUCGAGUGUUCGGCCAGCGACUGCAAGAGCGACUCCGUUCGGACAAUGAAGACCACCAACAAUGUCAAUAAGGUGCUCGUCAUUGACGACACGAGGUCUCGCCUCAUCGUGUGUGGCACCAUUAGACAAGGCUCAUGUCAAGUGCGUGACCUGCGUGACAUCACUGUGCUCACCCGCAAUGUCAGCGAGGCCAUAGUGGCCAACAAUGCCACGGCCUCCACCGUGGCUUUCAUAGCCCCCGGGCCACCCAAUCCGCCGGUGUCGCAUGUUCUGUACAUCGGCGUCACCUACACAGGGAAGUCCGUCUACAGAGACGAGGUUCCGGCCGUAGCUUCGAGGUCUUUGGAGGAUGACAGGUUCUUCGACAUCGCCGUCACCGACGUCACCACUAGCACAAGGAUGCUGGUCAAUUCCCUCGCCCGCGAGAGGUAUCCCAUCACCUACGUCUACGGCUUCGGCUCCGAAAAAUUCAGCUAUUUCCUGACUCGUCAGAUGGAAGACACGGACGCCGGGUCGCCCUACAUCAGCAAACUCGUGCGGGUUUGUCAGAACGACUCCGCUUAUUACUCCUACACCGAAAUCCCUAUCGAGUGUAAAGACCAACAGGGCAAACGCUACAACCUGGCGCAGGCAGCGUACGUCGGCAAACCGGGCACUGAUUUGGCUACCCAGUUGGGUAUCCAGACGAAUGACGAUGUGCUCUUUGCCGUCUUCUCCCCGUCGGAUCCAAACGAAGGAGAAGGGUCCCCGCGCCCUGACAUGGCCAGCGCCCUCUGCGUCUACAGCAUGAAGUCGGUACGAAGGAUGUUCAUAAACAACAUACAAGAAUGCUUUCGAGGCAAAGGCAGCAGAGGCUUGAACUUCAUAUCGCCGUCGCAUCGAUGUAUAGAAACUAGGAUAAAUGACCUAAAUGAGGAUUUCUGUGGUAUGGAUGUGAACACACCAUUAGGCGGUGAGCAGCCUGUAGAAGGUCUUGCAAUACUCACAUUCCCUACGCGUCUGACGGCUGUGGCUGCCACUUCAACGGAAGUGUACACCGUCGUCUUCCUCGGCACUUCUCAGGGACAUUUAAAGAAGGUUGUGAUAGAAAACCAGAACAAUGCUUUAGAAUAUGACGACAUAGUCGUCGAUGAAGAUUCGCCUGUUAGGCAAGACAUGUACUUCGACAAAGCCGGCGACCAUCUUUAUGUGAUGACCGACAAUAAAAUAUCGAAGGUGAAAGCACAAGAAUGCAGCAUUUAUGAGGGAUGUAACCAGUGUCUUGGGGCAAGAGAUCCUUACUGUGGAUGGUGUUCUUUGGAGAACAAAUGCUCCCUUCGGAGGGACUGCCGCGAUGCCACGCAGGACCCUCAGCAUUGGGUCAGCUACAAGACUGGGAGAUGUACCACCAUCACUCAGGUCAUGCCUGACAAGCUGCAGAGGACUACUGCCAGAACACUUUCUUUGAUGAUUGACAAUCUCCCAUCUGUGGAAGGCUCCUUACAAUGUGUAUUUAGUGCCAUGAACAAAGAUUUAACCACCGAGGCAAAGCGCACAGCACAAGGAGUUUCUUGUACUACUCCGAGAAAUGAUAUGUUACCUGAUAUACCCCAAAAUGAACAUCAUUUCACAGCCAAACUCUCUGUUCGAAAGUCUGAGGGACCUGAAUUUGUUUCCACAAACUUUACUUUCUUUGACUGCAAUACAUAUAGUUCCUGUACGGAGUGUGUUUCAUCUCCCUUCCCUUGUGACUGGUGUGUGGAUGGGCACAGGUGCACUCAUGAUUCAGCAGAGAAUUGUAGAAAUGAUGUUUUGGUCAAUGGUGUAAAUCGAGUUGGACCAAGUAUUCGAAGUGGUCCCUCAUUCUGUCCAAGAAUCACGUUUGUGGAAAGUAAAGAAAUUCUCGUUUCGUCUGGUACUGAUAAGUCAAUCAAAGUCAAGGUUGAUAAUAUUGCUCAAUUCAUCACACAGACAAGGUUUGUGUGUCAGUUUAACAUUGAAGGCCGUGUAACAAGUGUUAAUGCAAAUCUUUUAAGUGAUACCAUCUACUGUGAUCGAAUGGAGUUUGCUUACACAACAGCUGCUCCAUCUACCAAUGCUACUUUUGCAGUUAUUUGGGGAGGAUCUAAGCCCCUUGAUAAUCCUGACAACAUUCAUGUCUUGGUGUACCAGUGUCACUUAAUGGCAGACAAUUGCGGCAUGUGCCUAAGUCUUCCAGAGAGAUAUCAGUGUGGUUGGUGUCAGUCUACAGGUAGAUGUGAAGUUCAAGAUCAGUGUUCUGGUGGAUCUUGGCUUGACCGAGAUCGCACUUGUCCUAACAUAAACAUCACAGAUUUCCAUCCUAAGAGUGGCCCUUGGGAUGGAGGAACUAAUGUUACAAUUGAAGGAAUCAACUUGGGUAAAGACAUAGACGACAUUUACGAAGGUAUAACUGUUGCUGGAAUAACUUGCCAACCUUAUCGCAAUUCGUACGUCAAGACUAAGCAAGUUACUUGUAUGGUUGAUAGUCCUGGGGUAAAUGACUACAAAGAAGGACCAAUAGUUGUGAAGGUUGCUAGAGAAUACCGUGGAGAAUCAUUACAAAAGUACCGAUUUGUCAAUCCAGAAAUUACGGACUUGACUCCUGAGUCAGGACCCAAAUCUGGUGGGACUCUUCUUCAUAUCAUUGGAAAACACAUGAACGCUGGUAGUCGCAUUGAAGCAAAAAUUAGUGGACGCCCAUGUAAAAUACAGAGUACAAAUGCUACUGUUGCCACAUGCAUCACAUCAUCAUCAUCCAGUCUCCAGAAAAGUGAAAUUGAGAUGACUUUCGACAAUGGACGCCGUAGCCUUCUUGGGAAGUAUUUCACAUAUGUGGAAGACCCUACAAUCCAGUCAGUGAAGUCUGGAAGAGCUGGGCAAGCCGGACUUAGAAAUGGGCCUAGGGGUAUACCAAAAGGUGGAAUUAUUAUAACAGUUGAUGGAACAAACUUUAAUGUCAUUAAGGAGCCAAAGAUGUAUGUGGUAUACAGGGAAAAGGAGUACACUAGUCCAUGUGAAGUAAAGAAUUCCACACGGAUGGAAUGCUUGUCUCCAGAGAUUUCUAACAUUGCCAAUGAACAAAUAAAUGAUGAAAAUGGAAUGAGGCUUGACUAUGGUUUCAUCAUGGAUCAUGUAAAAGCUGUGCGUGAUCUAAGUCGAUCAGGAUUUCCUGACUUUAUAGUAUACCCAGAUCCAGAGUACUUCGCAUUUGAAGAUGAAGACCAGAUUAAGCUUUAUAAAUCAGAUUACCUAACUAUCAAUGGGAAAAAUUUGGAUCGUGCAUCUCAAGAGAUUGAUGUGAAAGUGCAUAUUGGUGAGGAUUACUGCAAUGUUACUUCACUUUCAAGAUCCCAGUUAACUUGCCGCCCUCCUAAGGAACAGCCUCCAUCUCAAGAUGAAAAUCAUCUGCCCCAAGUUGUUGUAAUUGUUGGUGAAAAGCUAAGGUACCAAAUUGGACGCUUGAAGUACGCAAGCAUAACUGAUGUUGGCACACUGUCAAAGAAGCUGAUUAUUGGUUUAUCUGUUGGUGCUGUUGUAUUGAUUCUCAUCCUGGUGGUUUGUCUGAUUGUAUAUCGUCAAAAGAGUAAUCAGAAUUCAAGGGUGCUCAAGAGUAUGCAAGAGCAGAUGGACAUCUUGGAACUGAGGGUGGCAGCUGAGUGCAAAGAAGCAUUUGCUGAGCUGCAAACUGAGAUGACUGACCUUACAAGCGAUCUCAUUGGUGGUGGCAUUCCAUUCUUGGAGUAUCGUACUUACUCAAUGAAGAUCCUCUUCCCAAAUUUGGAAGAAACCACUGUACUUCAGAUGGACCGCCCAGAUCUUGUACGCAAAGAAAAAGGACUAAAACUGUUUGGCCAGCUUAUCAUGAAUAAAACUUUCUUACUCUUGUUUAUUCGAACACUAGAAUCCAAUCGUUAUUUCUCUAUGAGAGAUCGAGUAAAUGUUGCAUCAUUAAUUAUGGUGGCACUGCAGGGUAAGAUGGAAUAUUGCUCUGACAUUUUGAAGACUUUAUUAGCAGAGCUUAUUGAGAAGUGUAUUGAAGGCAAGAUCCAUCCAAAGCUUUUGUUCAGAAGAACUGAGAGCGUAGCAGAAAAAAUGUUGUCGUCUUGGUUCACUUUCCUCUUGUACAAGUUUCUGAAGGAGUGUGCAGGAGAACCUUUGUACAUGUUGUUUAGAGCAAUCAAACAACAAGUAGACAAAGGUCCUGUGGACGCAGUAACUUCAGAAGCUCGAUACUCGCUGUCAGAAGAGAAGCUUAUUCGACAAAGUAUUGACUUCAAGGAGAUGACUGUUUAUGUGUCUAUGUGCAACUUGUAUAUGAGUGGAGUUGAUGGACCUAUGGAAGGUGGUGAAACUCCAGUCAAGGUGUUGGAUUGCGACACAAUCUCUCAGGUCAAAGAAAAAUCCUUAGACGCAAUUUAUCGUUCUUAUCCAUACUCUCAGCGGCCACGUAGAGAAGACUUAGACCUUGAAUGGCGCACUGGGACUUCUGGCCGCCUAAUUUUAUACGAUGAAGACACCACAACCCGGCCAGAAGGGGGUUGGAAAAAACUCAAUACUCUGGGUCAUUAUAAUGUUCCAGAUUUGGCUCAACUUACAUUGAUACCAAAACAGUCGUCCAUCUAUAAUUAUAUGUCUAUACUCUCUGAUAAAUCUGAUAAAUCUCAUCAUAAAUAUGAAACGCUCAAUUUGAGCAAAUUUAGUUCUGCCAGUCCACCCUUGUCACGAGCAACCUCUCCCUUAAACCAUGAUAACGAAGCAGGGGUCAAGGUAGGAACGAAGGUCUGUUAUUCCAUAAAACAGGUUUGGCAUCUUGUCCGACAACAAGAGAUUGAACAGCGUGAGGGAGAACGCACAAACAAGAUGGUUUCAGAAAUCUACCUCACUCGUCUCUUAUCCACAAAGCUAACACUACAAAAGUUUGUGGAUGAUUUGUUUGAGACAAUCUUCAGUACAGCACACAGAGGCUCUGCCCUUCCAUUGGCUAUAAAAUAUAUGUUUGACUUUUUAGAUGAUCAAGCAUUACAACAUGGUAUAACAGAUCCAGAGGUCGUUCAUACGUGGAAGAGUAACAGCCUUCCCCUGAGGUUUUGGGUGAAUCUCAUAAAAAAUCCAAAUUUUGUCUUCGAUAUACACAAGUCCAAUAUCGUGGAUGCUUGCCUGUCAGUUGUAGCGCAGACCUUUAUGGAUUCAUGUUCAACAUCUGAUCACAGAUUGGGUAAAGAUUCACCAAGUUCUAAACUGUUAUAUGCCAAAGACAUCCCCAUCUACAAGGAAUGGGUAGAGAGAUAUUAUGCAGAUAUAAAAAUCAUGCAGCCUAUCUCUGACCAAGACAUGAAUGCUAUGUUGGCUGAAGAGUCCAGGAUGCACUCAUCAGAAUUCAACAGCUUAGCAUCACUUGCCGAACUCUACAACUAUGCAUUUAAAUAUUCUGAUCAGUUGAUGCUGACUUUAGAAGAGGACGAGUUCUCCACCAAGAAUCGUCUUGCGUAUAGACUAGAGCAAGUUCACAGUAUAAUGACAACAGAUCAAGACUGACAGGACGCCCCCCCUGACCCACGGGCCGGACCCGACCAGAGAGGUCCAAAUUCAGGGCCUGUGGGUCCUGGUUCCUACUCUCCUGGCCCUUAUGGAGGAUCUCCUCCACAUCAUGUAUAUCCUGGGGGACCUUAUGGUGUCUCCCCACCACAGUCUGCAGUUUAUGAUGGCCAAGUAGAAACAAUGUUUACUUAUCGUGGACAAGGGGCAGCAAUGGGAGAUGGGGGCCAAGGGGGGGUCCAAGGGAGUGGAGUUGAUGGUAAUGUUUAUGCAUUGUACGGUGUGCCACAGCAUGCCAGACACUCUCCUGGGGCAUAUGGUAGUGCACAAUUUCCAAAUAGAGGGACGCCACAGGUGUAUGAAUUUGAAUAUGAAGAACCUCGGUUCACAUGAGGCCUGGUGAUAAAUUGUGUUGUGUUUGUGCUCAACGUGAGUGUUGCUGCGUGAUCAGCAAGACUAGAAAAAAUGAAAGAACAACAACCAAGUGCCUCAGACUAAAAGGCUACAUUGGUACCUCCUAGUGAGUGUGGAAAAAGGCAACAAAGCAACGAACAAAUAUGCCAAUUUCAGGCAAUAAAGAACAGCAGCAGCAGCAGCAGCAAGACUAUUUUGAUAUGCACUACAGUCAUUUUCUUACCAAACUUCCUGGCUUCUGAUAUAGUAAAAAUGUGUGAGGCUGCAUUCUGCAGUUAUUGAUUUUGAGAUUAAAUUGGUGCUGUUAUCUUGUAUGUGUAAUGUGGGAGACUGCAUGUUGAGUGUCACUGCCUAAACUCAAGUUGGGUAUACUCUCAACUGGUGCUCGUUAUGUGUUGGAUAAACAGCAUCUUGUGUUUAGUGUCACUUUAUUUUAUUGCCAGUCCUGCCCUGAACACUUGUUUGACCUUUGCUCUUUUGUCUUCCAUCAAGAUUGCACGUGACCGACACAAGGCGCUGCUGUUUAGAAGACUUCGAUAGCUGAAAAACAACAAUUGAACAAUAAAAAAAAUCAUUGCCAAGAUGAUAUUCAUAUUACUGAAAAUUUUCCCUUUUUGUCGUUGUCGUAUAAUUUUCAAGGUUAAUCAGAUUGCCUCAGAAGACGCUGAUUAUCUAUCAGCAUUAUUCCAACAAAACUUUAUACACAGUGUAUGGAGUCACCAUAUUCAGUGGGAUUGUAAAUCCUCUGCAUCAUAGAAUUCUUUGGAUUUUCCCUGCAUUUAAAAGAAAUAAUAGCAGUUAUUCCUCCUAAUAAAUAAGCUUCUGUUUGUCCAGGUUUAUAACUGAGUGCAUUAACAUACUGCUGCUCUGUUACCAUAUGUACCAUUACUUCAAAUGUGCAAAAAAACUUAAGAUGUUUCAAGUUUUCAUGUGAUAUUUCUAUGUGUAUGAAAAUGACUGAUUAUGUGAGCAUGCGGUUUCAGCCACAUGCAUGUAUGAAUGUAUUCUGCAGAGAAAAAAGCCACGUGUGUGUUGUCUUGGUGUUCUAUGGACUCUCAUCUUUUAAACAAAGGCACUGGCAUAGUGGAGGUGAACCAUGGGAUUUCAGUAUACUAUAUUGAUACUAUAUAUUCCGCAAACAGAAUUUCAAUAAUUUCCACAGCCGGUAACACCUUGGGGAAUGUUAUAAAUUGGCCUAAACUUAUGGUUAAUUUUCAUAACUAUAAGUAAAAUUUGGUUAAUAAUUAAUAUAAAUGUAAACUCCACUAUGCUAGUUAAGUUUAAAAGAGAGAGACUAAAUGUGCUCAUGAGUAUAGCUGUUUUUCACCAAACUAUGAUUUAUUAUUUUAAAAUUUAAUUUCUUUUUCCCAAUUGGUGAUCUCACAUGCCCUUUCCAUCCCUUUUCCCAGGUUCUGUUAUUGAGGAUUUACUUAUAUCAUCGUCUUUUAUUUUAAUUUUUUUUUUUCAAUUUUGCAGUUUGGCAAAUGUGGCUUGUAAUAUUUUGGUUUCUAAAUUACAGAAUAUCUAUUUGUAAAUGGGAAUUUUUAAUGACAUCUUUGAAGGUGUUGCAGGGUUUUAGUAAUAAUGUCCCUAGUAGCAAGGGAACAGGUAAAAAAGAUAAGCGAAUAAGACUUUAUGUAUUUCCAUAUUUUGAGCUUUUAGAUAUGAAAUGAAGUGCAGACCAGAUUUUGCAAUAACUUUUAAAUGUAUGUUUCUGAAAAUGUAAUUUUUCAUAGGAUAUCUUAAAUGAUGACAACUGAGCUAUUUCUGUACUUACAGUGGUGAAAGCUCAGUGAGGCAGAGUCCUGAAUUAGAGACUCCUAUGUUAUGUUACAGUGGAGUUAAAUUACUCAUAAUUUUUUUUAAUAAUUCUCACUGAGGUGCUCAUAUAUCAAUAUCAUGUGUAAAGUUUAAGAUUUGUAAAGAUGAUAGCAAUGGCUGAGGCAAGCCAUUUCUAAACAUGUCAUAUGGUCUCGGAGCUACGGUUGAGUUUGUCUCUCGCACUCUACUCUCACACCCAUCUAUGUACAUUCAUUUGUGAAUAGUUCCUUUGUAUUAUAUUAGUACUCAUAAGAACAUUUGAUACAAUCACUACUGGUAUUAAUUAUUAAUGAUGUUGAUACAAAUUUAUCAUUGUCUACUUGGCUUGAGUCCCAGGACCAAUAUGAUAAUUUUGUUGCCCACAUUAGGAGAACCUCAAAGAAAACGAGGCAGUUUGUAUAUAUUGGAGGAAGGUCGGCGGCCUUCCACAUCCCUCUGCAUUCCAGGGUCCUGUAGCCAUGAUGUGUACUCAGUUUUACAUUUUCCCCUUUACCCCUUUUGUGCCCAGAUGUGUUUAGCUGCAGUUUGAUAACUUUCUUGUUCCAGUAUAUAUCCAUAUAUACCCCCAAGGAGUUAAUCCAUGAGCUUGGGAUGGUGAUCUGUGGCUCUGUUAUACUCAGGCCCCUGGUCUAGUCUCAUGGCCGCCGACCCUACCUGCCUGUGUACCAUGAUUUCCCGCGCGUCCCGCUGUACAGGCGCACGUUAUGUGUAUGUCAAGUCUGUGUUUCAUAUAAAUGGAUCAAUAAAUUUUUUCACUGUA